AUGUUAUAUGAUAAACAGAUGAAAACUUUAUCUAUUGAAUCCCCAACACAAAUUCAAUAUGAAAAGUUGUCUAAUAAUUCUUUCCAUGAUCUUCAAUGUCCAUGUUCACAUAUUUCAACAAAAUAUUCUGAAUUUCUUCAAUUUCAGCCAACUUAUCAUCAAAUCUGUUCAAGUAUAUUUGUUUCGCCCUUAUGGAAAAAAUGGGAAACUCUAUGGAAUGGAGGACAGAGUUGCCGUAUGGGAGAUUUUUAUAAUUUUGCACAUUUUUAUUUUCCACUUUUAUCCGAAUAUUGUCGAAUAUCAAAUGAAACAAUCUGGAAUGAAUUAACACGAUUAUAUGAUAUGGAAUAUAUAACAUCGUCAAUUAUUCCGAAAGAACAAUUUCAUAGAGAAAUGCAAUCAUUUAUUGAAAACUUUAAAAUACAAACACAAAAUUCCUUUAAAAUAAAAUUGAAUAUUAUUCGAAGUAUUAUUUUUGAUAAUCGAUUAUUGCCUCAAUUGGGACGUGUUAGCGAUUAUGUACCUCCUUCUGAUAUUACAAUGAAAUAUUUACCAGAAAAUUAUGAAAACUGUUCAUGUGAAACAGAUUCCACAUGUCAAAGAACAAUGUAUUUUUGUCGAAAUAAUAUUUUCACUUAUAUACAAAAUCUUUCUAUGGGUUGUUAUUUAUCAGAUUCAUUGUUCUCAUCAUCAAUUUCAUGUUUUUACAAUGAAAUUUGUCUAGACGUUAUUAAAAAACAGAUGAGCCAACGUACAGAGCUCUAUUACGACGUUCGACCAUUGGAUAGUUCAGAAAAAAGUCAAUAUAGAACCGAUAUAAGUAUUAAAACAUUAACUGAUAAUCUAUUUAUUGAGAAAUGGAAUGAUUUUUAUUCUUAUCAGAUUUAUUAUAAUUCUUGUCAACCCUCAAUUUGUUCGUAUAAAAUUAAAUUACGACCGAGUUUUCUCGAUUUAAUAACAAAAUUACUUUCUAUUUAUAAUGGAUUGACAAUUCUUUAUCAAUUUUUGAUACCAAAUAUUGUUCGUUUAAUUCGAAGAAAAAAAUCACAACGAAGAAGAAGUGAAUAUUGUAAUCUUAUUAUCCCUCUUCAGUCUGAUGUAUCCAUAUGGAUACAUUAA